AUGGAUGGUCUUUCAGAGACGGAGCCUCUCCUGCGACCAGCGCAGGUCCAGCGGAAGGCGACCGACGAUAUCCCGGUGGAAGGGUAUUUGUCUGUGCAAGACGACACUACACGUAACGCAUUUGAUAAUGUGCCUGAUGCAAAGAAGCAGAUCGGACUCGCUAGUGCAGUAAUGCUUAUAUUCAACAGAGUGAUUGGAACUGGCGCUUUUGCAGCGCCUAGCGUUAUCUUGCGGUCAUCAGGGAGUGUAGGAAUGACUUUCGUUAUGUGGAUAAUCGGUACACUUGUCGCAUGCGCAGGUACUGCUGUUUUUGUAGAGUUUGGAACGGGACUGCCGAAGAGUGGUGGGGAGAAGACCUACAUGGAAUUCAUUUAUCGCCGACCGAGGUUCUUGGCUACUUGCUUCUACGCGAUAUACGGGUUACUCAUAGGUUGGUUGGCGGUAAAUAGCGUUGUUUUCGGGGAAUACACCUUAAAUGCCCUCGCAAUCCAGCCUACCACUGUUAAUGUUCGAGUAGCCGGCUUUCUGUGCUCGACAUUCUGUCUCAUCGUACACGGUGCAUUCUUAGACUAUGGGCUGAAACUACAGGAUGCACUGGGUUUCUUCAAAUUAUUUGUAUUACUCAUUAUCGCUGUUGCUGGGCUCUUCAGCCUCGUCGGUGUCCCUGGAUUCGCCGUACGUGGUGAAUACGAUAUUCCACAUAAUUUCACGUGGUCGUCUUUUUGGGAGGGAAGUGGCAUUAGCCUGAAUGCAUUCAUCACUGGAAUGUAUAAUGUUAUCUGGGCUUACAGCGGAUACUCUAAUGCCAACUAUGCCUUAUCUGAAGUGCAAGAUCCUGUCCGUACUAUCAGGCGCGCUGCACCCCUUGCCUUGAUUCUUGUCGCGGUCGCGUUUUUGUCUGUGAAUGUUGCGUACUUUGCUGUUGUAUCCAAGCAAGACAUAUUGGAAGGUGGCACCAUGGCGGCAGCCCUAUUUUUCAGGAACAUAUUCGGUCCUGCUACAGAACGGAUUUUGAGUGCUGUCAUUGCACUGUCAGUACUAGGAAACCUUAUGAGCAUCCUGUUCUCGCAAGGCAGAGUUGUCCAAGAGUUAGGUAGAGAGGGUGUUCUACCAUUCUCAUCUUUCUUCGCCAGCAACAAACCUUUCGGUGCACCCCUUGCUGGGCUUUUUACUCAAUGGCUCGUUUCUAUGAUCAUCAUGAUUGCUGCUCCUCCUGGAGAUGCCUAUCUCUUUGUCGUAAAUUUCUCAUUAUACCCCGUGACGAUGUUUAAUCUGCUGAUAUCGGGCGGUCUUCUCCUUCUGUACACCCCCGCAUUCAAAUCUUACGAGUGGUGUCCUCCGUUCCGAGCGUGGAAGUCCGUCGUUGUAUUCUUUUUCGUAUCCCAUGUCGUUCUUGCUAUUUUACCCAUGAUCCCGCCGACUGCAGGAUCCGAAACUUAUGAACAUCUCCCAUAUUGGUCCCACGUCGUUAUAGCGGUGGCAGUUGGUCUACUUGGUAUUAUAUAUUGGUUUGUUUGCUUCUACUGGUUACCCAAGAAGCGUGGAUACCGUAUCGUGCAGGAGACUGUCUUACAGGAUGAUGGGGUCCCGCGGAAUGUUCUUCGGAAAAUACCAAAUAGAUCAGAUGACGAAGGACGUGCUUAAAUGUAGAUGCCCUUUCAACUUUACAGUUAUUUUCAUAUCGUUAGACCAGAUUCCUUUUCUUUCCCG